AUGUUUGAGAUGGAGGGAGAUGAAAUCUUAGAAAAGCCGACCCGGGGGCUCGUGGAAGGCCCGAAUAUGCGAUAUUUUCGGCGACGCUACUUCAGUAAGGCUGAAGUGGCCAGGCACAACACCGUCGACGACCUGUGGGUUACCUACCUGGGUGCUGUGUACAACCUCACCCCGCUGGCCCAGAAGCACAAAGGGAGCAUCCUGAUGAAACCCAUAUUGGAGGCGGCGGGACAGGACAUUAGCCACUGGUUUGACCCCACGACCCAAGAUAUCCGCACGCACAUCGACCCACUGACUGGCUGCUUGAAGUAUUACACUCCCAAGGGGCGCUUUGUGCACAUCCCUCCGCAGCUGCCCCGCUCCGACUGGGCCAAUGACUUUGGCUUGCCGUGGUGGAGGGACACAGAUUAUCAAGUUGGCCUGCUCUCGCCCAAGACCCGGUUUAUUCGAAUUAUCAACACACUCACAACCCAGGAGCACACGCUGGAGGUGGGGACGCUGGAGACCAUGUGGGAAAUCCUACACCGAUAUCUCCCCUACAACGUCCAUGCUGCCAGCUACACUUGGAAAUUUAAUGGUGUCAACCUCAACAUGGACAAGACCCUGGAGGAGAAUGGGAUUAAGGAUGAGGACUUCGAGUUUGAACGACUUAACAUGGACCCAGAGUUGUACAUACCUGCUGUGUUACUGUACUUCAAUGAUGACCUCACUGAACUAUAAGGAGAUACACUUAUAAUAUGUAGUCUAGAGAGAGAACAGGGUGUAUGGCUCAGUUUCUGUGCCCAAGAGUAAAGGGGAAAUCUAGGUCUUUAUCUCAUCUUUAACUCUCAGCCCCUGAUUUCCACCAAGGCUCCAUAUCCCUCAAAAACUCAAGAACCCUUAAUUCCCAUUUUAUAUGGCACACUGAGAAUAUUAGGGUUUUUUUUUUAGUCAAGACAACACAAACUAAGAUUAACUAUACUGAAGCAAUUUCAUUAAUAAGGUGAGAGUACAGGAAGUUCUGGAGUCUUCUUUUCACCUGUGAAGAGGUACUACAGCAAGCAUGGAAAGAUAGGUACUUGUCAAAGAAUUUUGUCCUUAAAGUGAAGCAUGGAGGCAAGAGAGAAAGCAAAGACCUUGGGAGAACUAGGAUACAAUAAAAAUUUAAUCAUCUGUGCCAAUAACUGGCCAACCUCUUGGAUAGUAGUGGGAAAACAAAUCACCAUUGGGUUAGAGUUCUUGAAGCACUUUAAAACUGGAAUUCAACAAACGUUUCUUAAGCACCUACUUUUUGUAAGUUUCUAUGCUAGGUAUUGGGACACAGGAGCAAAAAUGAAACAUCUUGGUUUUAAGCAGCUUAUAGUCUAUCUAGUGAGUGUCAGAAAAACCACUUGUCUUGAUAUCACCCAGAGAGAUUGGGCUUGUGUUGAGGUAAGCUAAGUUUCAUGCAGAAGCACUUAUCUAUUCCAAUCAUUUUACUUCUUCAUCAAAUAUUGUAUUCCCUAAAUCUCAUACACUAAGACUGGGCUUGUGGGAAAGUCUUGGAUGCAUUCUGGGGGGCUUACCUGUUUUACACUGGAAACUGUUAAGUGGUAGAUUGUAGUUAACCACUUGUCUUAUUUAGAAUCAGUUAGGAAAGAAACUAGAGAAGUAAUUCAGAAGCCAAUAAAAAGGGGAAGAUUUUAGCUAAGCAGUAGAUGUAGAAAAGAAACACCCAGAAAUCACUGAAGACCCCCUGCAUGCAACUUUCCACUUUCUUUUCAUUUAGACUUUCUCCCAAGGAUAGGGAGAAGUAUUUUCCUUAUUUUGGAGAAGGGCUGAAUGAAUGUCAGAGAUUUCAUCAUUAAUGGAGAAGUUUGAGAGAAGGGCCAAGAGAAUGGAGAACAUGCUAUUGGGAGGGGGAAGUACUGGAGAAUGUAUCUAAGAAUGGGUCAGGGCUGGGAGGUUGGUGUCUUCUCUCCAUAUAGGAGAUCCCAUCUGCAUGAGACAGGCUGGAGUUGGUUGGUACAAAAACAGGAAGAGAGCCAGUUCAGUUCCUGUCAGAUAGAUCUGGAUGGGAGUUUUCUGUUAAACAUUUUUUGAGGGGGAAGGGAGCAGAAAGCAAAUAAAGCUGUCUUUAUUGUCCUCCACAAUCUCUGAUAUUCAGCAGUAUUAUAGAAUUUAUUCUCAGGUCAGCAGAAGCACUAGACAUCAUCGCAUCAUACAUAGGUAUCUCUUACAUGGGUUAACACCCCAGAAAGCUGGAAAAAAUCCGAGUAAAAUUUUUUGGCCCUUCCUAUCAGAACUUUUUUUUUUUACAGUAACAUAUACAUGUAUGAGUUACUAAACUUUUUUAAGAUAUUGUUACCUUUCUAGCUUUUGUGUGUCAUCUGCUCACUUUUGUGUUUUUUUUCCCCACAAACUUAACUUUUUACUUAUUUUUUUUUUAAUUAAACCCUUACCUUACGUCUUACAGUCAAUACUGUGUAUUGGUGCUAAGGCAGAAGAGUGGUAAGGGCUAGGCAAUGGGGAUCUAGUGACUUUCCCAGGAUCACACAGCUAGGAAGAGCUUGAGCUCACAUUUGAACCCAGGACCUCCCAUUUCUGGGCCUGGCUCUCAGUUCCCUGAGCCACCCAGCUGACCCCUUUACUUCUUUUUUUAAAAGCCUUUACCUUCCAUCUUAGAAACAAUACUGUGUAUUGGUCCCAAGACAGAAUAGCAGUAAGGGCUAGGGAAUCAAGGUGUGACUUGCCCAGAGUCACACAGUUAGGAAGUGUCUGAGGCACAUUUGAACUCAGGACCUCCCAUCUUUAGGACUGGCUCUGAAUCCAGUGAGCUAUCCCACUGCCCUGGACUUUACUUAAACUUUAAAAAGCAAAUUGUGUAUAUUUAUGGAAUUAAAAGAUAACAUAUGCUGAGAUUAUACAAUGCUAUAUAUGUUUUAUGCAUUUCUGAGUUUUCAAAUUUUCCUGUAUUGUCUGUGGCCUCUGUGUGUCAUCUAUGGCUUCUGCAAAACUCCCCCAACAUUACUAUUUAAUUUCUUAUGCUGACUUGCAAUAUCUCAAAGCCUCAGUGGAGAAAGCUGAGAUGUGGAAGGGAUGCCUGUACUAUAUAUUCUUCUGUACAUGCUUUAUGUAUAUCUGCUCUUCUUGGUUAAACUGUAGACACCUCCAGGAUAAAAACUGGAUUGUUUACCACAUUGUAUCCCACCUACUCCAUACCACCUAACAAUUCUGAACACACAAUAAGGAUAUUAUGGGCUGGCCAUGACAAGUCUGUCCCCUUUUAGUUUAGGUCCUAUAUUUGAACCAAAUGAAAUAUUUGUGAAAUCCAUCUAGAACUUAACAGAAGGAAGUUUACUUGGCCAUGGUGGGUAAAAGGACAUUUCAAGCAGCAAAGAGAUGUUGAUAUAGCAUUGAUUCAGUUGAACACAAACUUUCCCGUAUCAGUGUUCAUCCUUCUAGCCUUUGGUCAGAUAACUGAAGGAGAAGCUUCAGACUCGAGAGCCCUGGCUAUUGUAUACCUAAAUGUCUAGAAAGCUUGUCUUGGUGGUGGUGUUCAUUUGUUUUAAGUCAUGUCUGACUUUAUAACCAGGGUUUUCCAUGCAAGGACACUGAUUUGCCAUUUCUUUCUACAACUCAUUUUACAGAUGAGGAAAUAGACAAAUGGUUAAUUGACUUGCCCAGGGCUACACAGUGUCUGAGAUCAUAUUUAAUUCAGGAAGAUGAAUCUUCCUGACUUCAGGCCCAAGUGCUGCCUUGCUGCCCCUAAACCUUAAUACCUUGAGCCAACCAAAUCUAAAGGAUAGUACUUUUUUAAAUGAAACACUAGCCUAAUUUGCCUGGAAGGUGGGGGCCUUAGAAUAUUGCUCCCACCACAGUGUUCAAUAAAUACUUUCUAAUGAAUGAAUCUUUUAAUAAAUAGGGAAUUGGAGAAAUGGAGGAAAGGCUGGGGAAUAGACAUGCAUGGAUCCUCUUUUCCAUUUGCCUUUCUAUUCUUCUACUUAUAUUUCUUUACCAGUGUCACCACCACCCUCCCCACCCCCGGCCCCCCAACAAAAAAGCAAACCACAGUUGAAUCUCCUAUACAGUGAACUUUUAGGGCAAACUUACAUGUCAUUGCCUAUCUGUGGCCACUAGGUGGAGGACUCUGGGACUAGAGGAAGGAGAAAUAGAAUAACUCCCAAGAACUCAAAAGUGUAACUUUUAUAGGUGGGAUACUUUAAAAGGGAGAGGGAAACAAACCUCAGAGAAGGAAUGUGUGCGAGUUGGGGAUUUAGAGAAGGAGGAGUUUGUAUAUAAGAUCAGAGAAAUUGGAAGACUGAGUCCAGAAUACUAAAGCUUAUGGGAGAAAGCUUACAGAUGGGCAAACUGAGGCCAAGAGAAAUUACAUGAUUUCCCAAAGUCACAGAGUCAUAUCUAGUAUUUAAAACCUAGGUUUUCUGACUCCAAAUUAAAUACUACAUCAUGUUGCCUUCAGAUAAGCAUUUUUCAUCCACUUAGUUUUUCUUAUAUGGAUUGUUAGGCUAAUCUUUUCUGAAUAAUCAGAUCUCAUUAAUAAGGUUCUGCAAUAUGCUUUAUGCAAUCAGCAUAAUAAUCUUCAAAAAUAACUUUACCCCAUCUAUAGAGAAUCCAAUUUCUAUUUGAAUCUAGUUUAGGAUAUUGCCUAUGACAUUUGUGAAUAACUUUUGUGGAUAAACAUCUUGUUUAUACCUUGUUUGACCAUAAUCAAAAGGAUUAUUUCUGUGAUUACAUUCAUCUAAGAAUCUUGUAGGCCUAUAGUAUUUGGCUCCUGGACUGUUGCUUAGAGAUUACUGCCAUAUGAGAUGCCAGACUCCAAAAAUGACUGAUAAGUAAGAUACUCUCCCAGAGUUCACCAGUUUAGUGACAUGUUUUUGAACUGGCCUUUCUGGGACUAGUGGGACAGAAAAGUGGCUAUUUCAUCCUUUGCAUUUGAGGUACAAUAAACUGGAUCAAAAGGUACAUGAUCACUGGACCAUUGAUCACCUGCCCUCCUGGCUCUAAGACUUUAAUGAGCUACUGUUGUAGGGCAGUAGUAAUCAGAAUUCCUUGAAGCAUAUGCCAUAAUUUAUAUGUAGCAAGUUAUGAAGAUGGCCCCUCCAAUGUAAAAAAGUUAGGCAGAUACCCACCAUGUGUAACAAGUUUGAUAUGUCAACCAUCCUAAACUUUUGGAUAAUCCAGGUGGGUUAUAUUUUUAUAUUUUCUUUUAUAUUAUGUUUUUCAUAUUUUCUUAUUAAUGAAAUUUCAGUGUAUCUCUCAACUGAGCUCAGAGGCCCCACCAUUUCAUUACAUAUUAUUUUAAAACUUGAGAAACCUCUUUUUUCCCCAUAGGUCUUCCUGUUAGACUCUCCUAAUUUCAGUCCAUUUAGGAAAGGAAUACACAGAGAUCUCCCAUAUGCAGGCAAAGUGGCUAGUGUAGUGCUUAUUUCUGUUGUUUGCCGCCCCCAUCAUAUUAUCAUGUUACCCCUUUAAUUAUAAACAAAACUUGGAAGUUACCUGCACCCUUGUAUGUUUAAUAUCUAAGAUAAUAUAGUUGGGAAGCUUUAUCUUGAGAGAUGUGAGAUAUUACCUGUGGUUUGAUUAGCCAGGACACUUUGGGUAGACUGGAGUUUAGCCACAAAAACAAGGAUAUGUAACAAUAGUUAGCAUUGAUGGAAAGAUCAAGCAAGGGUUUCAUUGAGGAUGGGAGAGGUGUGAAUGUUAAUACUCAGCAUGGAAGAAGUAAAAGGGAGAAAUUUAAGAUGCAAGGCAGUAGGGAUGACAGAGAGGGGCAAAUUUCUGGAGGAAUAAGAAUGGGAUGGGAUGAUAAAAUAGAAAUGGGUGAUCUGUGUGACACUAUUACUUGUUGCUGCAGUGACUGAUGUACUCUGACUUAUGACUAGAGAGAGCUGCUGCUGAUAUGGGGACACACCUGAUGGUACUUAGUUACAGUGGAGGUAGAGGUACUACAGAGAUAGAGAUAUGGAGCCACAGGGGAAACUGCUAAAGGAGAAUGCUCUGGGGUCUGCCUACUGAUCCCUACUGAUGGCUGAUGGAUCGAUCUAUUUCCUAACCUCCUUCCUCUUCCUCCCUCACUCCCUCCAUUAACCACCCACUUCUGGAAGCCUUUUGGCUUCCUCUCCCUCCCCCCCCCCAAGUGGACUAUAAAAUAUUCUAGUUUUCUUUCUCAGGUAAGGGGUUUAUUGGGAUAACAACAGGAUGGGAAACUGAGGGAAGAGGGAUGAGGGUUUCCCUAAAGUAUAAGGAGAAUUUAGGAGGGUUAUGGAAAUAAUCAGUCUUGUCACAAACUGUGACAGAGAGACAGAGAGAUGGAUAGAGGACAACUGUUUAAAAUCUUCUUUCUUUUUCACAAAGCCACCAAGAAAAGUCUCUCCUUCAGCUUGGCUUUCCUCCAACUCUUGGUCAGUCGAAUCUCAGAGAGAGCAGAGGUUUCCCCUUGAUCAAAAAGCCCAAAGCCAAGCCAGCCCUACGAGGGUCCUUCACCCAUGGACAGAAGCUAACCGGGAUCCAUUCUCAGCUUCUUCCCCUUCAGUCAGGCUCAACUGCCAACUCCUGGGAACAUUCCAUUUGGAACCUUCUUGAUUGACAGGCAGGUCAGGUCCCCAGCUUGUUUCUUGCAUCUUGGCUUGUCUGAAAAACCUCUCUCUCUUCAA